AUGGACGAGAAAGCUGAUAAGAGAGUUCAUAAAACAUUUCAGGAUGUGGUAGCCUUAUUUUUGGACAAUCUAUAUCAUAAAAAUGAAGGAUUUCGAGGAAAUGGAACUUCAAGAUCAGAAAAAAUUCUUUUCAAAAUGCUAAUUGUCUUGGUCAACAAAAUUACAAUGAUGAAUAUGAAAAGUUCGCAUCGCUCAUCAACA